AUGAUGAAGCAACAGACUGCCAAAUAAAAUUUACAAGCAGCUUAAGCAAAUUAACUGGGAGGUUAGGCAACAAUAGCUAUACCAUCUUCAAAUACGCCAAAUCUUUAGUAACAAAAAGCGUAACAAGGUUCUUAGUAAAAUGUGCAAUAGCAAUAAUAAUAGGUAAUUAACUAGUAAAAGUAUUAAGAUAUGAAACGGAUUGAAGACUAUACCUUUUGUCUUAGUGAUUUAGUAGGUAAAGGAGCUUCAGGUACAGUUUAUUUAGGAGAGAAUAGUGUCACAAAAGACUUAGUGGCAAUUAAAGUAAUAGAUUUGCAUUAGGUAAAAGAUGAAUAUACUUGGGGAUUGAUAUGUUCUGAAAUAGAUAUUAUGAAAAAGCUCAAGUGCGAAAAUGUAGUUAAGUUAAUUGAUGUUUUUUAAACCUAAAAUAAUGCAUACAUCAUAACUGAAUUAUGUGAAGAUGGAGAUUUGGUAGAUUUUAUGAAAAGAAAUGCAGGAAAAAUCCGUCAAAAUUAAGCAGUUAAAAUUAUUACUGACAUUCUCAGAGGACUUUAAGAACUCGCAAAGCAUGGUAUUAUUCAUAGAGAUUUAAAACCUGCCAAUAUUUUGAUAUCAAAGAAGGAUGUCUUUAAAAUUACUGAUUUCGGUUUUGCUCGUAUGGUAGAAAAAACCGAUUACUUAAUGACAUCCUUAGUGGGAACACCCUUGUAUAUGUCUCCUUAAAUUCUAAAAAGAUAAAUGUAUACUUCCAAGUGCGAUGUUUGGAGUAUAGGUCUAAUUUUCUAUGAACUGAUUUAUGGUCAAACUCCUUGGCCUAGCAAUUCCGUUAUUGAUUUAGUAAAUAAUAUGUUUUCAAACCCACUCAAAUUCCCUAAUGUAGGGUAAGCUGGCGAUGUCAUUCUUGAAGAUGUAAAGGACUUUAUUAAAGGCUGCUUAAAAUUCGAAGAAGCUGAUCGUUUAGGUUGGGAAGAGGUAUACAGACAUUCUUUAUUUAAAGAUGUUUUAUACGCUUAUGCAUAAAAAAGCCCUAACAAUACUAGCAUAGCUACAAACAAUCCUUUCUCAAAUUAAGAUGAUAGAGGAUCUUAACUCAAAUCUCCUAAUAAUCAUAGGGAUAGUCUAAAUAAGAAGGGAAGCUUUAUUAGCUCAUUUUAAACAUCAUUUAUGACAACUUACACAAGUUCAGGAAAUUCAAAUACAACUAAAAAUGCAAAAGGAAAUAAUAACUCAAAUAGUUAUCAAAGUAAAUAAUAAAAUAAUCUAUAUUCUAAUUAAAAACAAGCAAAGGGUGGAUCUUCGUCAUCACAAGGUUAAAAAUAAUAGUAGGCAGCAUAAUCAGGAAAUACAAAUAGUCAAUUAAAUACAAUAAAUGCAAAUUCUAACAAUUAAAAUAUAAUCAAUGGUGCUUUAAAUUCUAAUAACAACAAUACAACUCUCUCUAGCAGCACUAAUUCGUCUAAUAAUAAUACUUAGAACGCUAAUUAAGUUCAAGGCAUAGCAGCAGGUAACAAUAACAAUAUUUAAUCAAUUUUAAAUAAAGAUUUCAAUUAAAAGACUAAAACAAAUUCUAGAUAAAGUACUCCUUCUAUAUAAAAGCAAGCUACAAAUCAAAGUUCAUAACCUAUUUAACCAGCUAACCCAGCUGGAGUUAACGAUGCUAAAAACUAAAAUAAUUUUGAGAGCAGCUAGCAAUCAACUCCAAGAUAGUAAAGCAAAUUAGGAAACCAAUACUAAACAGCAGCAAAAUUAGCUAAUAUAAAUAAUGCAACAAUUCCUUAGUCUGGGUCUUUUAUAGCAAAUUCCCCAGCUAAUAACUAUCAGCCUGCUUAAUAGCAAAUAUAAUGCUAGCAACCUAGUAGUUUUAAUGUUUAAAAUAGGUAGUCUUAAAUAAAUUCGCCUCACUUAAAGGACAAGAAAGCUAAUGGAUAAGCAACAUUAAAUUAAGCUACUUCCUCUUUUUUAUAACAAAAUAUUUCAUCUUAAUCUUAAAAUAAGUUAGAAAAUAUGAGGUAAUAAUACAAAAAGCAAGUUAAGGAUAAAAAAUCUAGUGAUUAUUAAUAUGGCCAAGGAAGUAUUCACAACUUACCAAAUGAAAAUUAGAUUAAUAACAACGUGGUUCCAAUAUGUAAUCAUAGCGGUGUGGUUUAUGGUAGCAUUAAUUCUAAUCCAUCAGAAAAAUCUAAUGUAACUGCUGCAGGAACAGCUACUUCAUCAAAUUCUUCAUCAUCUUUCAAUUUCAUCCAUAAAAGAUAAAAAUCUGCAAGAGAUGUUAUUUCUAAUUAUAACUCAGCUUAAAAUAAUUUUUACAUUCCCCUCACAAGUCCUACUAAGCAUUAAGCAUAAUCAGAUAAAUAUAGAAUCUUGACUGAGCCUAAUCAGAUGAAUGAAUGUAAAGAUAACUUCUCUCCAAACAAAAAUAAUACAAUCAUGGGCAUAAAUAGAGAAAGUAAUUUUUAAAACUCGUAAGGUAAUCAAAAUUAACUGCCUUAGAGUUCUUCAAGUCCGCUAUCUACAGAGCCUUCUUAAAAUCCAGUUCCGACUGUUUUGAUUACAUUAGGUUCUAUGAAUUAAAUUAUCGGAGGUAAUUCUAUAAAUAAUGGCAGAGUAAACUCACCUACCAAGACAGAGUAGGUGUCUGGUAACAUGCUUAAUUUUAGUAAUGAUCAUAGCUAAUCAGAAAUUAAUUCGUUAUACUCUAAUCCAUAAUUAAAUAACCAAAUUCAAAUUUAAAGAGUAGGUUAAGGAGUAAUUAACUUAGAAUAAUCAGGAACUCCUGAAAAAUAAGUGGGACUUUAACUGAAGUAGUGCUUUUAUUAGUAAAAAGGAUACUUGAAAAAUAAUACUAGAUCAAUUACCCCAACAAUGUCUGCUUCAGCUUAGAAAGGUAUAUCUCCAAACACUUCUAAUAAUACACCAAAGGUGAGCUAGCACUCUGAUACUGGAAAUAAAGACAAUAAUGGACUAAGUAAUUCAAAGAAAGCUCUUUCUAAUUUUAAUAAGUUUGCUACUUUUGUAUAUAAUACUGAAGACAGAGGAUCUAAGCUGUCAUCUAAUAGUAACUAUAUCAGCAGUAAUUCUCAUCAAAAUGCAUCUCAAUCAAGUAAAAAUAGUAAUGGUAAAAGGUAAAAGUUUAAUAAUAGACUUUCAUAGCAAUAGUAAUAAAGCUAAAUAUAAACUAUGACAACAAGUAAACUUUCUGAUCCAAAAUCAAACCUAAACAUAAAUAACUUUAACAGUAGCAAUACUGAAUCGUACUAAAGCUUUGAUCCUUUCAAGACUGCAGAUUAGGUGUUGAUAAAUAACUUCGCUGUAUAUGAUGAAUCUCUAAAUUCAAGUGGUUCCCCAAAAAAUUAUGAUAAAUAAUAAUAAGAUAAUUUAAUUGAUUAAUAGCAGGUAUUAGUUGCUUAGAAUCUAAAUAGGCCAUAACAUAACUAUGUUUAGCUAAAUUUAAACUCUUCUAACUCAGGAAAUAUAGCUUAUAAUUUAUAAUCAGAUAAAAAAUUUAAUAGCAGUUAAUCUCCUUCAAUUAAAGGUGCUAAUUAGGGACUUAAUGGAAAACAAAAUCACGUUCCAUGCUAAUAUAAAUCAUAUGAUUUUUCUAAUUAGAUUUAAAAAGCCGAUGAAGGAGUCAACACUUAAAAAAUAAAUUAAAUUAAUUUAAACUAAGGAAGUUAAAUGAACUAAGCUUAGUCACCUACAAAUUAGUAAAAGAAUUCCUUAUGUUUAGUACCUUAGAUUGUUUAAUGCAGAUUAGAUGAAUAAUCAUAAAACGAUAAUAAAAAUAGUGAUACAAAUAGCGAAAAAUCACCUUAACAUAUUUUAAAUAACCCGAUAAUAAAUUUGAAUAGAAGAGAAAUUAGCAGCUAGCAGAAAUAAUAAAUUACUCAAGUUAAUUUAAACUAUCCUUUAAAUAUGAAGAAUAUAUUAGGAACUACUACCUAGCCAGGUAAUUCUUAAUACUUAGGAUCUCCUGCUACUAAUAAUUCGAAUAUAUUUUCAUAAUUAUAUAACUUAGAAAUAGGAAAUUAGUAAAUAAAUUCAGCUACAAAUCAUGUUGCUGUCAACUUAGUCAAUCCUUCAUCCUACCAAAGUCCUAUUAUUGAAAACAAAUCUGUUUCAAGUAAUGUUGCAAGCUCAUAAGCAAUGACUCCUCUAGAUUUAAAGAAAACACAUUCAGAUUUUCUUUCUCCUCAACUGAAAAAUAAUAAAUUUUCUUUUGACUCUAGCUCAAUCAAUAUAACUCCAUAAGCUCACACAACAACAAAUCAAUAAAAUACUUAAAUCAUUCAAUAAAACUAAAGCAAUCCAAUGCACAAUAGGUAUGCUUAAAAAAGUAGUGAUUUUACUUCCUUUCAAAGUAAUUUUAUCAAUUCUCUCGUAUAGUAAGAAAAUUACUCAAGCUCUGAUAUCCUUAAUAAUUAUCUCAAUUUCUGCAAACUUUUAUCUAAUUUAGUGCGUAUAAUAAAUAACAGUAAUUUCGAUAAAAUGGCAUUCUAAUCAAGCAAUUUCUUGUUAGAAAAGAUUACUUUCAUCCUCCUAAAAAAUGCAAUGAUCAAACUAACUAAAGUUAAUGAUAAAAUGUAUGCAAAUGGAGAAAAUAUAUUUAAUUUAAACGACUGGAAUACAUUUAAAAUUUCUGGAAAAUACACUGAAAUGCAAACCUCUUUCUUCCUUUUGUACACUGAAAUUCAAAGCAGUUUUGAAUAAGAAUGGAAUAAAGGAAAUAAUCACUCUACAUAAUCCCAAUAAAUAAAUUAAGAUUACUCCUUCGUGUAGUUAUUCAACAAAGAUAUGACAGAUGAUGUAAGAUUCUAUUCUAUCUCUCUAAGUUUUGUUAAAUCUUUCAUUCAGCUGUUGAAUUAAAAACUCUCAAUGAAUCCUUAAACUUCGCUAUAAAAUAUAAAUCCUAUAUUCACUGAUAAAAAUGAUAUUGUAGCAGUAACUCUCCUAAAUGACUUCCUUGAAUACCAUGAAAUAUUAAAAACUAAUCUUAUCAGCAUGGAUUCCUUUCACAAUUAAAUUUUUACUAAAUUUAAUACUUUCUUGUCAAAAUUUAACAACACAUAUAAUUACCUUACUCUAGUCUCUAAAAAUUUUGAUGCUCAAUUUAUUACUAAUCUUUAAAUAAAACUCAAAAGCAUUACACCCUGA